AUGCGGCCCGUGGACGCGGACGAGGAGCGGGAGCCCGAGCAGGACUGGGAGCGGUCCCUGAGCCCCGCGCUCGACGCCGUCCGCCGGGACGUCACCGCCCUCGAGCGCGAGCACGUGCGCGCGCACCUGAGGGCCCGCAGGAAGCUGCUGGAGAUCGAGAGCCUGCUGGACGAAAUCAAGAGCGAGGUGGAAGCGUCGGAGGAGAGCGCCCUGGAUCCCGCCCGCAGUCCGGGCGCCGAGGCGGAGGAGAGGGUGAUGAAGCUGUGCGAGAAGGUGGAGAAAAAGGCGGUGGAGGCCGCGCUGAUGGGGAAGCGGAUCGUGGAGAUCCACCAGCAAAUAGACAGCUACGAGUGUUGCUGAAGGGCGCGGGAGCAGGUUAUCGGCUGCUGGACUCUUCAGCUGGUAAGGAGGACUGACUGCUUGGAGAAGCCGAAACCAGGAGUCUUCCUUCUCCUCUCUCCCGUCUUUCUGUCUGCGUUUUCAUCAUGGUAAACACAUCUCCAGUACAUUCUGGUAGAUGGUUUCAGUAUUAUGUUGUCACGUGCGGAGUAUGAUCGUUAGUUGCGUUCAGUUUGGAAAAGACAGCUUAUGUAUUGUUUUGCUUUUUAUGAAAUGCUCUUACAUAAAAAAAUAGGAUCUAGAUUGUAAGCUGCUGUGUGGUCGUAUUUGUUACUGUGACGGUUGUAUUUUUAACGUUUGCAAGUGUAUUCUUGUGCUUUGCUAUUUUUUAUGCUACGUGGAAUUUGGGGACCCAUGAGAGAGACUUGAAGGCCGAGUUCUGGAAGACAGAAGACACAUCUUGGCUGCUGCUGAAGCGAGAACCCAAAUCCCGGUGGAGGGUGUGGCUGCCUCUUUGGAUGUGCUGAGACAGCGCAGAGGACGGUUGGCACGGAAAGUGGUGGUGUGUGAAUUUUGGGACUAUGCAGUCCGUCAGAUCAAAGGAGGAAGGCUGUGUUCUGGGUUUCCUUUUUUCUUCUUUUUUUCAGAAAUGUAAUUUUUUCUGUGGCACGUUAAUUGGUGCACAUCAUGUAACCUGUCUGGUGAGUAACCUAGGAUAGGGGAUGAGUUCUAGUUACUACGUGUAUUUGCUGACUUUUUGAUAUAAUACAGUCACGCAUUUCGCAGGCUUCUCUGCCGCAAAUACACAUGACCUCUGGGGGAGUUGGAGAGGAAGGCAUGGAGCUGGUGGUCACAGUGGGCCCCAGACUGAUAGCAGGAGGCAUCUUCCAGGCUUAGAUUAUAUCCAGCCUGGGUGAUCAGAGCAGACUUCAUAGGGCCUGAGAGCAGAGCUCAAGCUUGUUAUGAUGAAGUUCAUUUGCCUGGAAAAACCAAUGCUGAAAGCCAGUUUUUAGAAUCUUUGUACAAAUGACCAAAGCCAUUGACUUGGCCAGGAAAAGGUGAGAUAAAUAAAUUUCUUUAAAAAUGAAA